AUAAUAUUCGGAAUAAUUACAUAUGAACGAUAAUUUUACCAGAAGUACAAUAAUUUCAACCUGUGUAGUACGAUAAUAUGGCCAAAACAAUCUGGCAUCGCUGUAUAAACGAGCCUAACAGAAUCUCAUGGCGUCCUGAAGGAAGGUUAGAAGUUGCACGUGUAAACAUUGACCAAAAAACACCAAAAUUCUCAUGAACGCGGCGCCCACACCAAAAUUACUAGUUGAAGUGAGGGAAAGGAAGUUCAGGCACUUGCUGUGAGAGAGAGGGGAGACCUGUGCACCGCUGUGCUGCACUGUGCUUGGAUGUCCCUGGUUCACUCCUGAGGCUGUACCAUUCUUGCCCCUAUUACCAGGCCAGCAUCCAGGCCGCCGCCCUGCCUGGCACUGACGGCUGUCUGGCCUCCCCGAGGGUCCCUGCAGGACUGGACGCGGCGUGUGCUGGCGGGAGUGGUGCUGCGGUGGAGGUCGUGAAGCCGGGCAACAGCAUGAGCGGCCGGAGGCGGCGGGAACAGCGGCAGCAGCAGCAGCAGCAGCAGCCAGCCUCAGGUGUGGGGAGGCGCAGGUGUGGUGGCAAGAAUCACCUGGAGGCAGGCAGCUCUGUCCACAGAGGAGAGAGCAAGUUUGAGUGCCAGCAGUGUGACAAAACUUUUGUAUCCAGACAAGGCCUUUACUACCACACCCUGACACACAGUGGUGUUAGAAAUUAUGAGUGUGGUGAGUGUGGGAAGAAAUUUACCUAUAAGUCUCACCUCACCAGACACACCCUGACACACAGUGGUGUUAGAAAUUAUGAGUGUGAUGAGUGUGGGAAGAAAUUUACCCACAAGUCUUCCCUCACCACACACACCCUGACACACAGUGGUGUUAGAAAUUAUGAGUGUGAUGAGUGUGGGAAGAAAUUUACCGACAAGUCUAACCUCACCACACACACCCUGACACACAGUGGUGUUAGAAAUUAUGAGUGUGAUGAGUGUGGGAAGAAAUUUACCCACAAGUAUUCCCUCACCUCACACACCCUGACACACAGUGGUGUUAGAAAUUAUGAGUGUGGUGAGUGUGGGAAGAAAUUUACCCACAAGAGUAACCUCACCACACACAUCCUCACACACAGUGGUGUUAGAAAUUAUGAGUGUGAUGAGUGUGGGAAGAAAUUUACCCACAAGUCUAACCUCACCACACACACCCUGACACACAGUGGUGUUAGAAAUUAUGAGUGUGAUGAGUGUGGGAAGAAAUUUACCCACAAGUCUUCCCUUAACACACACACCCUGACACACAGUGGUGUUAGAAAUUAUGAGUGUGAUGAGUGUGGGAAGAAAUUUACCCACAAGUCUAACCUCACCACACACACCCUGACACACAGUGGUGUUAGAAAUUAUGAGUGUGAUGAGUGUGGCAAAAGAUUUCCUACCAUUUCUCGUCUCAAUAAACACGCCUUCAGACACACUGGGGUGAGGGAGUUCGAGUGUGAUGUUUGUGGCAAGUGUUUCAAGACAAAGGCUGAUAUUGCCAGGCACGUGAAGAUCCACUUCUGAGGUGGUGGUGUGUGGACACAUGGGGCCAGCAGUUUUGUCAUGGACCCAGCAGUUUUGUGUGGUGGUGGUGGUGGUGGUUGUGGUGGUGUGGGGGAGUCAUGGCCCCAGCAGUUUUGUGUGAUGGUGGUGUGGUGGUGUGGGGGAGUCAUGGCCCCAGCAGUUUUGUGUGGUGGUGGUGGUGGUGGUGGUGGUGUGGGGGAGUCAUGGCCCCAGCAUUUGUUUUGUUGGCAGUGCAGGUGUGACUUUCAAUAAAUGUGUGUGUGCAGUAAACCUUUGUUUGUGUAUUCACCAGGUGUAGUAUACAGGGCCUCAGCUACAGGAAUAUAUUGUAGUGAGGCAGCCCCUCUCUCUCCUUGCCUCAAGUGUUUGUGUAUUCACCAGGUGUAGUAUACAGGGCCUCAGCUACAGGAAUAUAUUGUAGUGAGGCAGCCCCUCUCUCUCCUUGCCUCAAGUGUUUGUGUAUUCACCAGGUGUAGUAUACAGGGCCUCAGCUACAGGAAUAUAUUGUAGUGAGGCAGCCCCUCUCUCUCCUUGCCUCAAGUGUUUGUGUAUUCACCAGGUGUAGUAUACAGGGCCUCAGCUACAGGAAUAUAUUGUAGUGAGGCAGCCCCUCUCUCUCCUUGCCUCAAGUGUUGUGUUUCCCUUUCUUUUUGUCUCUCCUUCACACGUUAGGUUAUGUUAAGUCUGGCACCAUCUUUGCCUCUCUCUCUCUCUCUCUCUCUCUCUCUCUCUCUCUCUCUCUCUCUCUCUCUCUCUCUCUCUCUCUCUCUCUCUCUCUCUCUCUCUCUCUCUCUCUCUCUCUCUCUCUCUCUCUCUCUCUCUCUCUCUCUCUCUCUCUCUCUCUCUCUCUCUAUACAGGUGAUGGAGCACACAAGUGUAGCAGCUAACAGUUUCUGUGUAAUUGUCGUGGUGGUGACUUUCCUCCUCAUGUUCUCGUCCAGGAAGGGAAAGGCUGCCCUCGUGUUCCUCACCAUCCUGUUGUGUCACCAACCGUGUUGUCUGUGUGCUUGUUUGGUGAUGGCUGGCCCUGCAUCACUGCGCCCUCGUCUUUGCUCCUUCACUGCUGCCAGCUGUGUCCGUGGUCAUGAUGAUGAUGGUGGUGAUGGUGAUGAUGAUGGCGAGCGAGACAUUCAAAGGAGGGCGUGCACGUGCAUGGUGGUGAGCAGGUGAUGAUUGGAGAGGCACAGAACGUUCAGGAUGGAGGAGGAGGAGGAGCAGGAGUCUUUGUGUAUAGGAAGGAGAGAAAUGUAAGAGGAGAAAAUAUAGAUGUAGGCAGCUCUGUCAUGAGAGAAGGCGGCAGAGUGCACAGGCCACCCUGGAAUGUCGUGA